AUGGUCGUGAAUGUGUCUCCCAGGAGCAGUAUGAGCCCCAGAAGCAGGAGAGGCUCGACGAUCAACAAUCUGCUGAACUCCAUGGGGAUCAGACAGGGCUCUCACUCAUUAGAAGGGGCCGCACACGGAUCCAGUACUUUGGAACCGAUCGCAGCAGGAGCUGCCAGCUCGCCAACGUCCUUCCCCGGAGGGGUUUCUCUGCGUGAGCAUGGAGCUUUUAUGGAGAACCGGCUGCCAGAGCAAGGCUCGAACCACCUGGACGCGCCAAUGGACGAAGGGGCUCAUUCCAACCCUGUCAACAUCUUGAGUUCCGAUGAUGAGGAUGAUCGUGUUGUUGUGGACGAUGAUCCAAAUCAUCUACCAGGACGGAGACAAGGUGAAGAUAACGACAAUGGCGCCGCGGUCGCUGCAAAUAUGAUGGGAACAACUCCCUUCGACCAGGGCUUUCAGAAUAGCCCGGUCCCAAACUUAGCCAAUCCGUUCCCGGAUGAAAUGCCCAUCACCCUCACCUUGGGCCAAAACGAUAUUCCUGCCGGCCCGGGCCAUCAGCCGUCCACUCUUACACCAAGCGAGGCUCAAUUGGUGCCCAAACCGGUUCGCCAUUUUAUAUACGGCAAUACCCAUCCGGAAAGUGCAGUUGAGCUGCUAGGAUUAGAUCUUCCGCGAAAUGCGACUCUUCCGGAGCCUGCUACCCCAGAUACACUUCAGUCUCGCAAGGAUAAGAAUGGCCUUUUUAGUCUUAGGUUGACCCCUUUCUUGGAUCAAUCGGCAUCAACCAACCCGGGCCUUUACUUCGAACCUAUUGUGAGAACGGCUGGCCCAUGUUCGCAACUGGUCAUUGGGAGAUACACAGAAAGGGUCAGAGAAUCUAUCAAUAGGAUUCCGGAGCACUUCCACCCGGUUGUUUUCAAAAGUAAAGUGGUAUCCAGGACUCACGGGUGUUUUAAAGUUGAUCAAGAUGGAAACUGGUUCAUCAGAGAUGUCAAAUCGUCAUCAGGAACUUUCUUGAAUCACCAUAGGUUAUCUCCUGCCUCUUCUAUGUCUAAAGAUACACUACUUCAGGAUGGUGAUCUCAUACAGCUCGGCCUUGACUUCAGAGGUGGGACUGAAGAGAUUUAUAGGAGCGUCAAGAUGAGGGUUGAGCUGAAUAAAUCGUGGAAAAGAAGAGCGAUGAGGUUUAACCGUGAGGCUUUGCAAAGACUAAAAAAUUUACAGAAGAUGACCACGGGUUUAGAGGAAGAGGAUUGUUCCAUUUGUUUAUCAAAGAUUAAGCCGUGCCAAGCAAUAUUCAUAUCACCGUGCUCCCACAGCUGGCAUUAUCAAUGUGUCCGGCGCCUGGUGGUGUCAACCUAUCCACAAUUUGUUUGUCCUAAUUGUAGAUCAAGCUGUGAUUUAGAAGCGUCGCUAGACAGUGAUAUGGACAGUGAUGACAACGAAUUUGACGUUGUUUCGGAUGAGAUCAAGGAUAUGGAUAUGCAGCAGGAUAGCGACUAA